GAUAUUUGCACCUACCACACAGCUUUAUGACAAAGCUGACAAAAUAAUGAGGUCACUGUGUCAUGGGUGGCUCACCACAUUAUGACAAAGCGCUGUCUGUAACAACAAGAUUUCCACUUCCUUGUGGUUCUAGUGGACAGUUGUUACACGGCAGUUUACAGUCUGUGCAUUUGAAAUAGUGACAUGACACGAGAACAGUUCACAACAUGAUUUCAGCUUUCUUUUGUUCUCUUUCAGAGAAAACGAGCCACAUAAGGUGGCCCAUAAGGUGAUGCUGGGAGCUCGGUCCCAUUUGGUGUGCCUCCGGCCUUAGAAAACUGCUCUCUCACUUCCCAAAUAUCCUGAAAUGCCCACAAACACUAAAAGUGUGAUUUCCAGAGUACAACAUUUCUUUAAUCUUAUAAGUCAAACCGUAGCUGUAGAAAACUGACUAAAUAGUGAAUGCGGAAAAAUAGAUGUUGCUUCUCAUGUUUUACGAUAAAAAAAAAAAAGCUCACUUGUUCCGUAACAGUAAGCACGAGUCAUGAAGUAACAUUUCUUGAAUGCCAGAAAGGAUUUUUUUUUCUCUUCGUUUCUCAGUUGGCUCCCCUGCAGACACAGGCUCGCUACUGAAAUGAGAGGGAUGUUUAUGGUCGUAUGAGAAUCAUAUGAAGCAGCUUAGGGGUCAAAUCUUCCACUGGUUUAAAGAAUUUACUGUUAUCCUUUUAUCCUCAACAACGUAGAAUUUUUACGAUCGAAAAAAAGAAUCAUUGAUGAUUGUUCAUGUGCACUACUGUUGCAAAAGAUAAAACAUCCAGUAUCUUAUAUUUCUAAUACUCUCUGUAAUGUGGAAGCAUAUACAAAAAUUCCAUAUUUUCUAAUUGGUCUAGCUAUAUCUAUCAAAUCUGUUCUAAGGGCAGCACCAAUCUUGAUAGACAUUUAUCUUGCAUAGUUUACCAGGAACUAUAUGUUGGGGAGGUUGGACUGACUCUUGCACUGAUUUAUCAAACGGCAGUGUUUAAUUCUUUUCACUUCAACACUGGCAUCACGGUGCUUAAUCAUAACAACAAGGUGCAGUCAAGUAACGGAAAUUUGGACAGAGCUUAAGCUCCAGCAGAGUGCAAGGUGCUACGAUGGGGACCAGCAGUGAGGGGACAAUGCGAGUCCAUGUGCAUCCAAAGUUCUGUUUCCUGUGUGUGCUCACCUUCCUCUUCCACCAGUGCAACCACUGCCACGAAGAAGGACACAGCCACCAGCACGACGGACAUCCCCAUGGCGACCACAGCAGUGCUCGCAGCGAUUUGCAAAUCUCUCAGACUCCAUAUGUGAGCGCAGCCACAGUGGCCCCGGUGUCCAAGAGUUCCCCGGGUCCUGAGAGUGGCAGUCUGGAGGAGGAGCAGCUCUUCUACAUCCAACAGCUGUUCAGUCGCUACGGUCAGAAGGACCGUUUAGAUUUCCACGGAUUUCAGAAUUUGCUGGUUAGCCUGGGUCUGGGAGAGGUGAAGGUGGUAGGUGUGGAUCACGAGGACCUGGGCCACGACCAUGUCGCCCACCUUGAGCUGCUGGAUGUGAUGGAAGGGCUACACUCACAUUCAUCCUCGAAUGACGACCAAAGUCAUGGCCACCACCACAAGCACGAUCAUACUCACCACAAAGCAGGCUCCCACCAUCCACACACAGAACGAGCCCCAACACCCUGCAGCCAGACUACUGCUGUACCCACUAAACACGACCACAGCCAUAACCAUGGACAUAACCACGACCACAGCGAUGUGGAGGAUAGUGAUACAGAUGAUCAUGAUCCCGACCAUGACCAUGAUGCCGAGCACAAACACGAGCAGGUACAGAAGCAGGCCAACCACAAAGACCUGUCUAUUCACCAGCACAAUGACCACGGUCACAAACAUCACGUUCAAGAGCACACAAACGCAACCCCCAUCAACCCCGAGCAGCCGCCCUCAGCCCACAGAGAGUCGUCAAGAGCCCCUCACUCGUCUCCUGCCCCCACCGAAAGCCACACAAAGAGACCCAGGAAAUUAGCACGGGUCAGAGGUCAGCGAGGGCGGAACAAAACAACCUCUUCCCACACCGCGGCACCCGACGACCACGGACACAGUCAUGAUCACCAUCACCACAAACAUGACCACAGUCACAAAGAGAAGAGAGAGGCUCUGGCGGACUCUGGCACAGCUGGUUUCCAGGUGCUGUCUGUGCAUGCAGGUGGACUGUCGCAUCAGCAUGAGCAGUGUUUGAACCUCACGCAACUCCUCACCUACUACGGCCUGAACCCCGAAGCCCUCAUCUCCCCAGGCCAGUUCACCUAUCUGUGUCCUGCUCUGCUCUACCAGAUAGACAGCCGCGUCUGCAUCCGCCAUCAGAUGGAUGUGACGCAGGACGCCAUGGGCGCCGUCAGUUCUGUGUGGGUGUGGAUCUCGGGCUUCGUCUCCAUCACCAUUAUCAGCCUGCUGUCUCUGCUGGGCGUGGUGCUAGUGCCUAUUCUCAAGCAAUCCUGCUUCAAGUUCCUGCUCACCUUUCUAAUCGCGCUGGCCGUGGGCACGCUCAGCGGCGACGCCCUCCUUCACCUGCUGCCUCACUCCCAAGAGCAACAUGACCACAGCCACCACGCGUCGAGCCACGACACUGAUCUGGUAACAGCUUUUGAUGGCGUCUGGAAGGGCCUGAUGGCGCUGGCUGGCAUCUAUCUGCUCUUCAUCAUCGAACACUGUAUUGGCAUGUUUAAACACUACAAAGACCAGAGGGGCAUAAAGAAGGCCAACGAGGAAAGUAAGAUCGGCAGAAAGUUGUCGGAUCACAAGUUAAACCGGCGCUCAGAUGCAGAGUGGCUGCACCUGAAGCCUCUCGGUGAAGACCCAGACAGCACGGCCGUCUCCUGUGAAAGCGGACACAACGACACGCAGCUCACAGAGCUCCAGACGCCCGACUCUCCCACCAACAAGACACCGCUGGCAACCACUACCCCCCCAGAAGACCAGCAGGCGUCCACCAAGGAGAACGGUCGCAAGGCCAAGCAGCACAGUCACGGGCACGGCCAUUCGCACGGACACGGUCACUCCCAUGGAGGGAACUGCCACUCCGACCAGGAGAUGAAAGACGCUGGGAUAGCCAGCAUUGCCUGGAUGGUCAUCAUGGGAGACGGCAUGCAUAACUUCAGCGAUGGGCUGGCUAUAGGUGCAGCAUUCAGUGCAAACAUGACUGGAGGCAUUAGCACAUCAGUGGCUGUUUUCUGCCACGAAUUACCUCAUGAACUCGGUGACUUUGCAGUGCUGCUGAAAGCCGGGAUGUCGGUGAAGCAGGCCAUCGUCUACAAUCUGCUGUCUGCCCUCAUGGCCUACGUUGGCAUGAUGAUCGGCACAGCUGUGGGCCAGUACACGCACAACGUCACCAGCUGGAUCUUUGCCAUCACGGCCGGCAUGUUCCUGUAUGUGGCUCUGGUGGAUAUGCUGCCGGAGAUGCUGCACGGUGACAGCGAGGAGCACAAGCGCUGCCACCUGGGACACUUUAUCCUACAGAACCUGGGCAUGCUGACCGGAUUCGGCAUCAUGUUGCUAAUUGCCAUAUUUGAAGACCGCAUCGUUUUCGAUUUUGGCUUUUAGCCGAGAAGAGAGGAGGAGAGGGAGGGGAGAGCCGGACGUAUCAGUAUUUUUCUUCUAGGCCUUAACAUGCUUUGUGUGUGAAGUAACAGCCUCGUCUUGCAUGUACUGUGAGUGUCACUCGUGGCCCGUGUCUCCAUUCCAAACAUGCAGCGGCGGCUUCUGCACAUGCACAUGACGUUUACACUCUGCUGCCCCACCACCGUCUCGCUGUCACUCCCGACCUGUCUGCUCCCUGUGAAGGUAAAGAGCAAAGCUGGGCCAAACCAGGACACACCCAUCCGCUCUGAACCGCCUUUAAACCAGCUGCAGACGUUUCUGCAGAAGGCCGCUUGUCAGGCCCUACAGCUCACUCACAGCCCAUCCAUCACCGCUCGCCAUCGCCUCCGUCGUCUCGUUCACUCCGCGCCGCGUCCCGUCAUCCCGCGCCUGUCCUGCUGCGCCUGCUCCACGAGCCAUCCAUCAUCACUUUUCACUGUCAUCCUGCUGCCCAUCAAACACCUGUGUGCCAAGCCCCGGCCACUGGAGCGGCUCCGCCGUACGCCAUCAGGCUCCUCAGAUAGACGCACAGCUGCGAUUAGCUAGCAGCUCCUCCCCCAACAAACCCCUCAGCUCGUGUUGCUUCGCCUGCAGAGUUGGCAGCUUUCAGAAUAGAAAUGUUUCCCCCACUGUACCAGUGUUUUUUUUUUUGUCUCUUUUAUUUUCUAUUCAGAUUUUUUCAUGUUCAACAAAAGCUAGUUGUUUGUUGAGAGAGCUGCAUCCUUUACAGCUGCCUUGACAAAUUAGAAUAGUGUUAUUUUCCACAAGAGCAGCAUAUCAGAAAUGUCUGACCAAUUUUUGUAGGAGUUUGACAAUCUGUAGCCAAACCGUCUUUUUCUUUAUGAUAUUCAACUUCAAACUGUGAGUUCAGAUUGAUUUAGUCACCUCUGUCACAAAGUGCUGUCAUUUACUAGAUUUUUUUAGGGAGCAUCAGUUGGACCAACCUGUAGGGAAAAGGAAAUCAUAGAAGGUUCAGUUGUCAUAUCAAAGCAGAUUUGUAUGCGUUGUAAAUGCUUUCAAUUUGCAUAGUGUCUGUAGUUAUGCAAUUAACAGCAUAUUUCAGCUAUUACUAACAAUUUAAAGUAAUAUUUAAAAAAGUAUCUUCCCGACAAUCUGAAACAAAUUAUAAGGCAGUAAACUUUGUCAGAAUAGCUUGUAUCUGCUGCCACAAGCAUCUACAACUUUAACUUAAGAUCAGCCAUUUGUCAGUUAACCAAACGAAAAUAAUACUUACUUUGAAGCAUUCCUGUGUUCCUGGGAGCGUCAUUUACAGUCACUGAGCAAAGCCAAAAGUAUUCAUUGCGAGGACUUUCAGUGGCUGGCGCUUGACACGACUCCUCCUUCCCCACCCCGACAUUCCACUGGCUGCUCUGCAGUCCACAUGCUAAGCUGCCAAACGUAGCUUCAGCUGCUGGAGCACACGCAUGAAUGUGUGUGACGUCAUUAUCCUGUCACUGUGUGACAUCCAUCGUCUGUGUCUUAAAUGGCUGUAAAUCAUGGUCAGUCUUAACUGAAGUCAUGCCAUCGUAUUGAUGGAAUCAUGCAUGAAGCAUGAGUGAAACAGUAGAUGUGUCAAGUGUAAAAGUGUUUCUUUUUUUUCCCCCCACAAAGUUGAAAUGUUGAAAACGUUUGCUACCUUUUAAACGGUGGAGUGAGGAUCAUGGGAAAUUCUUUGGGGUAUAGUGUGACUGGUGUUAUGAUCCUGUUCGUGUUGUUUGAAAGUAAGUGAUGCCAUUUGCUCAAUUUGUGGUACCUUUUUGAAGGCUUUUUUCUUUUCUUUUUUUUAUUCCUAACACCAUCAAAUGAAAUUCAUCACUGUCUUUGUUCACUUCCACUCAGUCUCUCGUUUAGCUUUUGAUGAAAAGAUUAGACGCUAUGCCCCAAAGAUACCUCACUGCUUAUUUGGCACAAAAAACACAAUCAUUUUCCCAUUUGUUGUAUGUGUAUUUGUUUAGUAAUAUGCAAAUUGUGACAUCUUUGCUGUUUGCCUGUCUGUGUAUUAUCCCCAUCAUGACAAGAAAAUAAACUAUG